GCAGAAGUGGUCUAGUCAAACCCGGAUGUAACCAACGCCUAAUUGCCGGAGAAAAACGAUGCAGACAAUAAAGUGUGUAGUGGUGGGGGACGGAGCUGUAGGAAAGACCUGUCUACUUAUCUCCUACACAACCAACAAGUUCCCCUCAGAAUACGUGCCUACGGUGUUUGAUAAUUAUGCAGUGACGGUGAUGAUCGGAGGGGAACCCUACACACUUGGGCUUUUUGACACAGCAGGUCAGGAGGAUUACGAUAGGCUGCGACCUCUCAGCUACCCACAGACGGACGUCUUCCUCGUCUGUUUCUCCUGCGUCUCACCCUCAUCCUUUGAGAAUGUCCGAGAGAAGUGGGUUCCAGAGAUCUCCCAUCACUGUCCUCGUACACCCUUCCUGUUGGUGGGCACCCAGGUGGAUCUGAGGGACGACAGCAACACUGUGGAGAAGCUGGCCAAGAACAAACAGCGGCCCCUGUCCCCUGAGAGCGGAGACAAGCUGGCCCGGGACCUCCGGGCCGUCAAAUAUGUGGAGUGCUCUGCCCUCACGCAGAGGGGGCUGAAGAAUGUGUUUGACGAGGCCAUCCUGGCAGCUUUGGAACCUCCUGAGACUAAACCCAAGAAACGCUGUGUCCUGUUAUAAAGGGAGGAGGAGAGAAGGAGCGGUAGAGGGGCAGGGUUAAGAAUAGGCGAGUUGGUUACAAAUAAGAGAAGCAGAUCAACAGCUUGAAAAAGGACAAAAAACAGUGAAAAGGAAGGAGAUGAAAUGGCAUCGAGACUCCGAUACAUUCAUGCACUGUGCCUUCUUAAUAUGUAUUGAAAAAUGGAGAGGAGAGCGAAAUUUGGUCUUUCAAGUAAAGAAUACAAGAGAACUUUCAUCUAGUCUCCUUCUCCAGAUACACUUUAGACAUCUGAAGUGUAUACCCUAACAUUACUUCUGUGGGGCGGGCUCUCCUACCCGCCCGUCAUGUUGCCUUUGUGCCUAGCUUAAAUUAAAUAAAUGCCUUGGGGAAACACUUCAUUGACAUUUUCUUUUGUUGCUACUUUGAGGAGGGAGGGAGAGAACACAAGAUUUGUUUCCACUCCCGACCAGGCUAGCAUGCUGGAAUGGUCACUUGUCCUUUUGUUGCUACUUUGAGGAGGGAGGGGGAGAACACAAGAUUUGUUUCCACUCCCGACCAGGCUAGCAUGCUGGAAUGGUCACUUGUCUUUUUGUUGCUACUUUGAGGAGGGAGGGAGAGAACACAAGAUUUGUUUCCACUCCCGACCAGGCUAGCAUGCUGGAAUGGUCACUUUUUCUUUUGGGACACAACAAGUGCAUUUUCGCCUCAGAUUUUACUGCCUUCUGAAGGCAACACAGAACUGAAUAUAUAUUAUUUUUUAUCUCUUUUUGUGUCAUGUAUGAUGUAUUAAUUUGAUAAUUUUCUUUUGGGAAAUUCUUUGCAUAUAUUAUAUUCUUUUGGGAGUAAUUAAAAACUUUUUUUUGCUUGACUACCAACUUGAUUGUGAUUGGUUGAUAGUAUAACACAUUAAGCUGUACUAUUUUGAUAAUAACAAUGAUGGUGAGAUUAUAACCUUUUCCUAGUCAACUUCUGGAUGUUUGUAAUUGCAGAAUGUUUUUAAUAAAAUAGUAACUGACACAGUU